GUGUGUCUAUAUAUACACAUCGACUGAUAGAGAGAGAAGGAGUAACUCAGUCUUUUAGAGAGAGAAGACAUCAAGGUGUUUUCAGGGUUGUUGAACAGAGUUUUCACAUUUCUUUUGUUCUAGUGAGAGAAACACCAAGAGAGAGAGACACACAGAGAGAUUGAUGGCUUCAGGGUUUCAUCAAGCUGGUUAAUUUUCGUCAUAAUGUGGAGAAUUUCAUAAAUUUGGAGGUUAAUUUCUGGCGAAUUGUGUUUUAUAAGGCUUUUUCUGCUGUUUGAAGAGUUUACUCUGUUAUGGAAAACAGAGGACAACAAUUUCUUGAUUUUGAAGAUCCCAUGUAUAGAGAGUUAUGGAAGGCUUGUGCAGGCCCAUUAGUUGAUGUUCCUAAAGAUGGAGAGAGAGUGUUUUACUUCCCACAAGGCCAUAUGGAACAAUUGGAAGCAUCAACCAAUGAGGAAUUAAAUCAAAGAAUUCCUCAUUUUAGUCUUAAAUCCAAGAUCCUAUGUACUGUUGUUCAUACUCACCUAAUGGCUGAACAAGACACAGAUGAAGUGUAUGCACAAAUCACUUUACUCCCUGAGAUAAAUCAAAGUGAGCCGACAAGUCCCGACGAAAGCAUACCCGAGCCUCCGAGACCAGCCGUUCAAUCUUUCUGCAAAGUCUUGACGGCUUCGGAUACGAGCACGCAUGGUGGGUUUUCGGUGCUCCGAAAGCACGCCACCGAGUGCCUACCUGCAUUGGACAUGACUCAACCGACUCCUACUCAAGACUUAAAAGCGCGUGAUCUACACGGCGUCGAGUGGAAAUUUAAGCAUAUCUACAGGGGUCAACCGAAACGGCAUCUACUUACAACAGGAUGGAGUACCUUUGUUACUAAUAAGCGAUUAGGGACAGGCGAUUCGUUUGUACUUGUUAGGGGAGGAGAAACCGGUGAGAUGCGUGUCGGGGUUAGACGUCAGGCGCGUCAACAAAGCUCAAUGCCUUCUUCGGUGAUUUCUAGCCAGAGUAUGCAUUUGGGCGUGCUUGCAACCGCAUCGCAUGCGGUUCAAACUCAAGCCCGGUUUACAGUUUUCUACAAACCAAGGACAAGUCAAUUCAUCAUCAGUUUAAACAAGUACAUAGAAGCUGUAAACAACGCUUUUACCAUCGGGAUGAGAUUUAGAAUGCCGUUCGAGGGUGAGGAUUCUCCUGAAAGAAGGUUUACUGGUACAAUCGUCGGAGUUGAAGACAUCUCGCCUCAAUGGGAAGACUCGAAGUGGCGGUCACUGAAGGUUCAGUGGGAUGAGCCGGCAUCUAUUGUAAGGCCCGAAAGGGUUUCACCAUGGGAGAUCGAAACUUUCGUAGCACCUGCGGUUCCAGCCGGUUUAGCUCCACCAACCGCACCCAGAAGUAAACGACCUAGACCGCCGAUGGACUUCUCGAAUGCUGGCGAACCAGCAUGUUCAAGUGGAUCGGCUCAGUUGAGUUGUACAAACGGAGGACAAAGGAGUGAUAACCCUAACCCUAACCCUAACCAUGGUUCCCGACAUCAUAAGCAAACGGGAACUAGUGGUCUUUCAAGGACACAAAUAGAGGGCGGUUGGCUACCAUCAUCGCCUGUAAAAGCUUCGAGAAACUUUUACGAUGGCGAUGACACCGAAGAAAGAAAAGGCGCUUUCGCAUCUUGGUCUGGUCUUACAACUUAUGCGCCUCGUGAACCGCUCAAACCGACUAACGAUCCCAUUCAAAGUCCAGUUAGCGGUACGAGCUGUAGAAUUUUCGGUUUCAACAUCGAGAUCCCUCCCAAAGGCGGUGAUAAUAAUAAUAACAAUAGCACGCCUUUCAACGCAGCACCCGUACAGGGGCCAAGUGGAGUUUCGGAUCUCAAGCCUGACCUGCAGGUUCCGCUAAAAGAAGUCGAAAGCAAACAAUCCACUUCCACCCGAAGCCGUACCAAGGUUCAAAUGCAAGGGGUGGCGGUAGGUCGAGCGGUGGAUUUAACUGCGUUGAAAGGCUACAACGAGCUAAUCGACGAGCUGGAAGACAUGUUUGAGAUGAAAGGAAAGUUACGUCCUCGAAACGAGUGGGAAAUUAUCUUCACCGAUGACGAAGGCGACAUGAUGCUCGUCGGCGAUGAUCCAUGGCCGGAGUUUCGCAACAUGGUGAAACGUAUUUGGAUUUAUUUAAGUCAAGAUGUGAAGAAAAUGAAGGUGGGAAGUAAGUUUUCUUCUUCAACCGACACCGAGGCGUCGGGUAGCUUGGAAGCUUCUGGAAAGUGAUGAGAAGAGAGAUGGUUGCGGUUUUAUGUUUAUGUGCUCCCCCUGCUGGUUUCGUGUUUUUUUUUUUUUCUUUUUUUAUUUUAAGUUGUUUCAGGAGUCGGGUUUCGCCUUAAAGAGGGGAUGAAUGGAUGUCUAGUUUGGUAGAGGAUUAAUGACCCUCUUUAAGGAUACGAAAAGGUGGUGUGUGAGUAUUAGGAGUAGCAUAUAUAUAUAUAUAUAUAUGAUAUGAAUAUGGUGUAUAUAUUAUUAGAGUUGUGUUUUGGAUGGUUUAAUGUUAAUGCUGGGGGUUUUCUUGUGUCUUUAA